AUGAUUCCCAUAGUUCCAUUUUUAAAAUCAUUUGUUUAAGAAGGGUAACAGUUCUUUACUGCUAAAGAUGAAUUCGAAAAGAAACAAAAUGAAUUAAUGUAAUUUAUAUUAGAUAUAACUUAAUCAUUGGAUUAAGUGGAAUAUUUCGAUAAUAUACAAGAAGAAUUAUAUACUAAUGAAGAAAAACAAUUUAUAAAGUAAUGUAAAGAUCUUUUGCACCUAAGUGAACAGCUAGUCCAAUAAUUACCAUCCAAUUUAACUUUGUAAAAUAUUUGAUUUAUAUAACAUUAAGAAUAAAUGGUUAUUUAUAUAGUAAAACUAGCCACUACAAAGAAUUAUUACAUCAUUUGGAAGAACUUAAUAAAAUAAGUUCCUAAAUUCGUUAAUUAGAAUUACAAUCAUAUGAAGUCUUAAAAACAGUGAUAGUUCCCAGUUUAUCAAGAAAAGUGUCAUUCUAAUGUAAAUAAUGAUUUUUAAAUUAAAGCGAUGCAUGAAGUUUCGAUAUUUCUUAAACUUAAAGCCCCUAAAGAAAUAAAAGAAAUCUUUAAUUAAUACCCUAGACAUUUAAAAAGUGAAUAUACUUUUAAGAUUCAUAUUGAUGACAAUGACCAUUCCAAAAAUGUUUACAAUUUUUCAAGAAAGGAAUUUAUGAAAUUGUAAUAAAUAAAAAAAGAUGCUCAAAUUUAUACUAUUUCAAAAAAGUAACACUGUACUUUAGAAUUAAGAAAUAUUUAAUAAAAUUAAUUUAUAAAGUAAAAAUCAUAGCGUUUGGAAACAUAGUUUGAUACUCCUCUUCAUAAAGAAUUAGACUAAGAAUAAGAUAAUAAAACACAGAUAUUAAGAUUAUAUUUAAUAGUUAAUGGAUAAAAUGGAAUAAAUAUAAUUAGAGAUUAAAACUAAAGAAUAUAUGUAGGAUGUGGUGAAGAAUUUGGAUUAUAAGAAAAAGAUGAAAUUAUCAUUCUAUCAAAUUCUAAUUAAGAGACUUUAAUAUCAUAUAUCAUUCAAAGGUUUAUUAUUAAAUAAUUAUGA